AUGCUGCGGCUGGUCGUGGAUUCAGCUACGAUUAACCCACCCCUCAGCCCCCCACCCAGACCCUGCGUGACUGCCUACUUCCGAGAUAUCAAGAGGAGAACUCAUGAAGCGGAAGGGAAUAACCCCAUAUGGAAUGAGACCCUGAUCUGGUACCUCUGGGACUGCCCCCUACAAAAUGACUCUUUUCUGCAAAUCAUCCUUCGGGACGUGGGUGCAGCAAAGAAAGACAGAUUCAUUGGGCUGGCCACAAUACUGCUCCAGCCCUUGGUGAAAAAACCGAGUGAGGUCCUUUCUUUGAAGGACUUGAACCUGCUUAACCAUCUCAUGCAGUCCACAGAUUGCACUGUCACCCUACAUGUGACCCUUGCGAGAAAACAGUAUGCAUCAAAAUUAGGUGAUGACGACCUCCUGGGCCCAAGUGCCCAAGAGGUGGCCAGGCGGAAACUGAUGGUCCCUGGCUCCGGCAUGCCCAUGGCUCUGUCCUCGAAGCCUCAGCACUUUCAGGUCCGAGUGAAGGUAUUUGAAGCCCGACAGCUCAUGGGCAACAACAUCAAGCCGAUGGUGAAUGUGGUCAUUGGAGGCUACCAGUACAACACGCGGAUCAAGAUGGGAAACAACCCUUUCUUCAACGAGAUCUUCUUCCAGAAUUUUUAUGAGGUACCUGCUAAGUUAUUUGAUGAGACCAUCUUAAUCCAGGUGAUGAAUUCCACACUGAUGAGAUUCAACUCAGAGAUCGGGAGAUUCCAAACAGAUAUCGGGUUUAUCUACUAUUCUCCAGGUCACACACUCUUGAGGAAAUGGUUAGGCCUCUGCCAGCCGAAUGAACCCAACAGUGGUGUGAGAGGCUACCUGAAAGUCACCAUCUGUGUCCUCGGUGUGGGAGACCAGGUUCUGGUAGAUCAAGAGAUGCCCUAUGGGGCUGAUGACACCACUACUGAGAUCUUCAAGUCAACGGUGGUCCCAACCAACGUAGCCUACUUACAGUUCUUCAUCUACUGCGCAGAGGAUCUUCAUCUCAAGAAGCAGCACUUAGUGAGUCCUGUGUUGGAGGUGGAACUAAUUGGGGAAAAGCUCAAGACAAAUGUGCUGACUGAAACUGAGAACCCGAUAUGGAACCAGAUCCUGACCUUCCAGAUUCAGCUGCCCUGCCUCUCCAGCUACAUCAAGUUCAGAGUCCUGGACUGUCCCAAGAACAGUUGCCAGGAUGAGAUUGGGACCGUCAGCCUGUUCCUCAACCAGAUCUCAUCUACUGGAGCAGAAAUAGAAGGAAUGUACUCUGGCUUCCUACCCUGUUUUGGCCCCAGCUUCCUGACUCUCCGAGGGGGUAAAAAGGCCCCUUUCAGGAUCCAGGAAGAAAACACUAAUAUUCCCGACUCUCUUAAGGAUGGUCUAACUUAUCGAGGCCGAGUCUUCCUGGAGUUAUCCACCCACGUCACUUCCCAUCAAGACCUUAAGAGGAAAGAUCUCUCCUCCGAAGUGACCAGUAUAGAGAGACAUCAUCACCGCCAGAAGUAUGGGCUGUGUGUCAUCUUCCUUUCCUGUACCAUGAUGCCCAACUUUAAGGACCUGAUCCAGUUCGAGGUCAGCAUUGGCCACUAUGGAAACAAGAUGGACCUGAAUUACAAGCCUUGUGUCUCAACCACACAGUACAGCCCAGUGAUAUAUGAUGGGAACAUCUACCAUUAUGUGCCCUGGUACAACACCAAGCCAGUAGUGGCUGUGACCUCCCAAUGGGAAGACGUCAGCUUCCGCAUGAACUGCCUCAACCUCCUCCACUUUACUCGGGACCGCCUGAAAGCCAAUCUGGACACCCUGAAAUCCAUAAGGAAUCCAAGAGACCCUGCUCUGCUCCCCCAGUGGGAGAAGCUGCUGAGGGAACUGGUGGAGGACUGCAAACACCCUCUGCCCUGCAUGGCCCAUCAGCCCAGAGCCACCGAGCUGGACAAGAAGAGGUGGCAGCUCCGCAGCCGCCUCCUGCAGGAACUGUCCCAAAAGGCCAAGGAAGUUAAGCCCAGGAACAUGGUGGCCACCGUGGAAGACUGGCUGUACCGCCUCAACGCCGUUCUCCCUGAGCCCCAAAUGAGCCUCCCAGACGUGAUGAUCUGGCUGACGUCCAAGGAGCAGCGGGUGGCCUAUGCACAGGUGCCGACCCACAGCAUCCUGUUCUCCCCAACAGGGGCUCUGCACUCCGGCAGGUUCUGUGGGAAGACACAGACCCUCGUUCUGCAGUACCCAGAGGGUGAAGGACAGGACAUGCUGCCGGCCCACCUCCGGGUCUGCAUGUGGUUUGGCAACGUCUUGGACAGCAAGAAUCUGCAGCUGCUGCGCGAGGGUGAGGUGGUCGUGUAUGCAGAGACGUACGAGAACCAGGCCAAGUAUAAAGACCAGUGGGGACAGCAGGGGCUAUACCACUGCCCCAACUUCUCGGACGUCAUGGGCCACAAGGCCCUCCCCAAGGAGGAUUUCCAGGCACCCCAAGGAUGGCACUGGCAGGGGCAGUGGACAGUGGAGCCUCAGAGGAGACUCCUCCUGGAUGUAGACAUCAACAAGAGCCAGGUGCUAGAGGAGGUGUAUGAGAACCAGUGUCGUGACACCACGGGGGCCUGGGUGCAGGCAGCCAUCCCAAACACGGACAUGAAUGGAGAGCCCGUGGAGGCCCGGGAGAAUAUGCAGUGUCCCCGAGGCUGGCAUGUUAAGGAGAGCUGGAUCGUGGAGCUGAACCACGCGGUGGACAGUGAGGGCUGGGAAUACGGAGUGGCGAUUGAGCCGUCGGGCCAACCUCGGGUCUGGAACUCAGUGGAAAAGACCUACUACUCAUGCCGCCGGCGGCGCUGGGUACGUGUGCGCUGCCGGAACCACGGGAAGCUGAGCCUGGAGGAGGAGACCCUCUCCUUCCUGCAGCUGGUGAGAGGGCUGCCUGGGUGGGAUGAGGAGGGCUGGGAGUAUGGCACCUUUGGCUCCAAGUUCCACCUGAACCCUCAGCCCCAGAGCCAGUUCCGCCGCCGCUGCUGGCACCGCAGGAUGGUCCCGAACAAGGACAAGGGCAUUGCACCCAUAUUCCUCCUGGAGGGAUCCUUGGGUAUGGAUCUGAAAGAGAAGGGCAGGAAGGAAGAGAUGAGGCUGACACAGGCUCCAGACAAAACAAUCAGGAGCUCCUGGAGGCCUGCCCAAGAGGACAUCCAGCUACAUGCCCUACCCUUCAUCUACUGCAUCUUCAACAAGCCCCACUACUAUCAGCUUUUCUGCUACAUCUACCAGGCCCGGAACCUAAUGUCCAACCAGAUCCAGACAUUCCAGGUGCCCUUCAUUCGGUUGGUCUUCUUGAACCAUAGCCAGUGCACCCAAACCCUGAAGAGCUCUGCAGCCCCAACGUGGGCCCAGACACUCAUUUUCCAGCACCUUCUUCUGUACGAGAACCCUGAAGACACCAAAGCAAGCCCUCCACUUGUGGUCUUGGAACUGUGGCAGCAGAACGCCCAGGGAAAGGAGAGUUUGUGGGCCCGGAGCAUGUGGUCCCCGGUGGUCUGGCUGGAUGUCCAAAAACGGACCCUGCCCCCUCUGAGGUGGCACCCCCUUGUAAAAUUGCUAGGGGAGAAAGAGGGUGAGAUCCUGGUAUCCUGUGAGCUGAUCCUUGAGACUGAGAGUGUCAAAGAGAGGCCGCCAAUCUUAAGUGUUCCCUGGAAGAACGGAGUCUACACACUCCCCAAGAGCAUCCAGCCAACACUAAAGAAAAUGGCUGUGGAGAUUCUGGUCUGGGGCCUUCGGAACAUGAAACAGGUGCAUUCCCCCCAGCUCCUGGUAGAAUGCUGGGAAGAGUCCCUGCAGACAGAGCCCAUCAAGGACUUCCAGACCAACCCUAACUUCAAGCAGUCAGUCCUCUUCCUCACGCUGUUCAUCCCCACAGAGGAGGCCUAUGCGCCACCCCUCACACUGAAGGUGGUGGACAAUCAGGACUUCGGCCAGCAGACCGUGGUGGGUCAGGCCAACAUCCACUCCCUACAGCCCUACUUCUGCGACCCCUGGGCUAAGGACUACGUGCCUCCACAGCUCCCAAUGCUGUCUGUGAACAAGUACCAGAAGCUCCUAGAUUACUUCUAUGAAAAGUUCUGGAUCAGUCCCAGCACAGCUCAGGGAGGUGGUGGGUGCAGCAUGACCCUGGUCAGGGGAGGGCUCUGGUGCCUUCUCCCCAAGGGCCAGAAUGACCUUCCCUGCCAGGAUCAGUACCAGCAUGAAGUGGACUGGUGGAGCAAGCUGUUCUGGGCCACGGGAGAUGCUAAGGCCCUGCAGUAUAAGUACAAAGACUACCAUACCCUGAAGGUGUAUGACUGUGAGCUGGAAGCCGUGCCCGCCUUUGAAGGCCUGCAGGACUUCUGCCAGACCUUCAGACUCUACCAAGAAGAGCCCAAGUUGGACAGCCCUGUGGUAGGGGAGUUCAAGGGCCUUUUCCGCGUCUACCCCUUUCCUGAGGAUCCAAAAGCCCCCAAGCCCCCCCGCCAGUUCUUGGUUUGGCGCAACAAAGAGGACUUCCCUCAGGAGUGCUUGGUGCGUGUGUACGUGGUUCGAGCCAUCAACCUGCAGCCCCAAGAUUCCAAUGGCCUGUGUGACCCUUAUGUGAUCCUGAAACUGGGACAGACAACGAUGGGCAACCGGGACAAGUACUGCCCCAACACUCUGAAUCCCAUCUUCGGCAUUAUGUUUGAACUGAGCUGUACCAUCCCCCUGGAGAAGGACCUAGAGAUCCAGCUAUAUGACUUUGACCUGUUCUCACCUGAUGAAAAGAUUGGAACCACAGUCAUUGACCUCGAAAACCGACUCCUGUCUGGCUUUGGUGCCCGUUGUGGGCUCUCCAAAUCCUACUGCUAUGCAGGGCCCUUUAGGUGGCGGGAUCAGAUGACCCCAAGCUUCCUCCUGGAACGCCAUGCCAAACAGAAAGGGUUGCCUCCGCCUUUGUUCAGUCCUGAAGAGGACACUGUUUUUUACAAUGGGAAAAAAUUCAAACUGCAAAGCUUCGAGCCCAAGCCCCCUCCUGUUCAUUACUUGGGACCUAAGAAAGAACGCCUUGCCCUGUACCUCCUGCACACCCAGGGGCUGGUGCCUGAGCAUGUGGAGACCCGCACACUGUACAGCAAUAGCCAGCCAGGCAUUGACCAGGGAAAGGUACAAAUGUGGGUGGACAUCUUCCCCAAGAAGCUUGGGCCUCCUGGCCCCCCAGUAAACAUCAGGCCCAGAAAGCCUAAAAGGUAUGAGCUGCGCUGCAUUGUCUGGAAAACUGCCCAAGUGGACCUGAGGAGAAGUUUAACCAGCGGGAUGAGUGACAUCUAUGUCAAAGGGUGGUUAGCUGGGCUCGAGAAGGACAUGCAGAAGACGGAUAUCCACUACCACUCUCUGACUGGAGAGAGCAACUUCAACUGGCGGUUCAUCUUCACUAUGGACUACCUGGCAGCUGAGCGUGUGUGUGUCCAGAGUCAGAAGGACUACAUAUGGAGCCUGGACCCCACGGUGAUGAAGUUCCCAGCCCGGCUUAUCAUCCAGAUCUGGGACAAUAACACCUUCUCCACAGAUGACUUCCUAGGCGUCCUGGAGCUGGAUCUGUUUGACAUGCCCCUCCCGACCCGGCACGCCAACCUGUGCUCCAUCAGGAUGAUGGAGACUAACUCCAAGUGGCCCUACUUCCUCCAGUAUAAGCACUUCUCCCUCUUUAAGAAGAAGACCAUAACAGGCUGGUGGCCUGCCCAAGUCCUCGAUGGUGGCACAUGGCACAUGUCGGGUAAAGUGAAGAUGACGCUGGAGAUUCUGUCAGAGAAGGAAGCCUUAAUCAAGCCAGCAGGGCGAGGCCAAUCAGACCCCAAUCAAUACCCUACACUUCAUCCUCCCCUACGCCCCAAUACCUUGUUCAUAUUACGGUCACCUGUGACAAUCCUCUGCCGCGUUUUCUGGAAACGCUACCACUUCAAAAUCAUCAUCGGUGCAAUCAUAUUUAUUAUAGCACUUAUGCUGUUCAGCUUUAUCUACUCUGCACCGAACUACUUAGCCAUGAACUGGGUCAAACCUGAACUUCGGCUGAAUGCUCCCAUUAAAACACCCAAGAAUAUCAUGAAUCCAACGAGCAGCAGCAAUGCCCACUCUUCCAUCCUCACCACCCAGCAUCAGAACCUAAAUUCUACAACAGACCAUGAGCUGAAACUCUUCCAGGGACCAUGAAUCGCCUGCAAGACAUUUUUCCAGAACUUCCAGCCCCACAAGACUAAUUAGUCCAUGUCUGCCUGGCU